GGCGACAUCUUCGAAAACCUGAUCCACCUGCAGAAGCACCGGCGCGCCCGCGCGCUGCAGCAGUUGGCGAGUAAGGCCGAGGAGAAACAGCUGAAGAAGUCCACGCUGCUGAAUCUGUGCGUGCCGCUAGCUUCGAUCGCGAUUUUGCAGAAGCAGGCGACAAAAGAGAGCUUUGACAUUGGGUACGCGGACGUCAGCUUGAAACUACUUUCGAAUUGCUUCAAAAACUCCGGGAGGUCCUGUUGGAACAAAAUUUUGGAGCAGAUUAAGUUCUUCGCAAAAUCGCUGAAGGACUUCAACGACAAAGUGCACGAGCGGUACUUGAUCCGGGGUGUUGUCGCGUGUCUGAAUUCGUACCAGUUUCAAGAAGAGGGAAGCAAGAAAAAUAGCGGAGCUAGUUCAUCUUCAACAUCCAGUUUGUUUGAAUCGGCGAAGGCACUGACCGCGGAGGAGGUGGUGGCGAAAUGUGCUGGUGACAGAGGUAGCAGUGCCGAUGGAGGUGCAGCGACGGGACUAGACAAGCCGGCAACAGGUGUUGAAGCUGCUCCUGCUGCAAAAGAAGGUGAUGUGGCUGCCACAGCUGACGCUUCUACUGCUCCUGCUGCCGAAGAACUAGAGGAACAAGCAGAUACAGAUCAUCCCCUCGAUCAUGUUGAACAA